AUGUUGGGCAGCUCUCAGUCUCACAGAACUCCAACUCUGGACUGUGCAUGCCUGUUUCAGGGUGAAAAGACAGCCGAUGUGAAGAAAAGUAAAUCCUCCGAAGCAGAUGUCUCCAGUGACCUUCGCAAAGAAGUCGAAACUCUUUAUAAGCUUUCCCUGCCUGAAGAUUUCUAUCAUUUCUGGAAGUUCUGUGAAGAACUUGAUCCUGAAAAGCCAGCUGAUGCACUUGCCACAAGCCUCGGACUGCGGUUAGUGGGUCCUUAUGACAUCCUUGCUGGGAAACAUAAAAUGAAGAAAAAAUCCACAGGCUUGAACUGUAAUCUUCACUGGAGGUUUUACUAUGAUCCUCCUGAGUUCCAGACCAUUGUUAUUGGAGAUAAUAAAACGCAAUACCACAUGGGAUAUUUCAGGGAUUCUCCUGAUGAACUUCCUGUAUAUGUGGGUACAAAUGAAGCAAAGAAAAAUUGUAUAAUUAUUCAAAAUGGAGAUAACGUGUUUUGCUGCCAUCAAUAUGAGCAGGUGUGCUUAAAGACGUCGGCGGUGCACAUCUCCAUGUGCAUUAGAUCUCUGCUGCCAUAUAACAAGGGCUUUCGCUUCUUUUCCAGAUUAUUUUUGAUGAAAAAACUUAAGGAAGUAACAGAUAGAAAGAAAGCUAGCAUUUUGAAAGACAUAGAUGAAAAACUCACAGAAGCAGCCAGGAAACUGGGCUACUCACUGGACCAGAGGAGCACGAAGAUGAGACAGAGAGACAAGAAGGUUGUGACAAAGACUUUUCAUGGUGCAGGCUUGGUUGUUCCUGUAGAUAAAAACGAUGUUGGCUACAGAGAGCUCCCUGAAACAGACGCUGACCUUAAGAGAAUUUGCAAGGCAAUUGUCGAGGCUGCGAGUGAUGAGGAGAGACUAAAAGCAUUUGCUCCCAUUCAGGAAAUGAUGACUUUUGUGCAGUUUGCUAAUGAUGAAUGUGAUUAUGGCAUGGGGCUUGAAUUAGGAAUGGACCUCUUUUGCUAUGGCUCUCAUUAUUUUCACAAAGUUGCUGGCCAGCUUUUACCUCUUGCAUAUAAUCUGUUGAAGAGGGAUCAGUUUGCAAAAAUUAUUGAAGAUCACCUGGCAAGCAGAAGUAGAGAGAACAUAGACCAGCUUGCAGGAUGAGUAAGCUGUCUGCUGGUACAGUGCUGUAAAGGGUGCUUUGUUUUUAAGGAAUAGAGAAAUACAUGAUGGAAACUUUAUUAAAAACUUUCACAAUAUGCCUCUUCUGAUGAUUUUUU